GUCUAAUUUACCACAUCUUCGAUGUAAGUAAUGCAUGCAGAUCAAUACUACCUGGGCAUGGAAGGAUGGCAUUGCGUAUUGGACCUCAGAUCAGACCGAGGCUCUGGCGGAACGAAGCCCAAGGUCAACGCGAAAGGGUAGUUGAAGCGGAAAUACUCAGUUUCUACCAUCUUGCGUGUUGUUCGGCGUCGUCAAGUCUAACCCCCAAGCCAGCAAAGCAUCUCGUCAACCAGCAUGUCUGAGGACGACAGUAAGCAAUAUGGGAUUGACUCUAUUGCCAUCCCGUCGAACGUUGACGAGCCGGCGAACUCAGAUCGGUAUCUGACUGGCAUUCGUCUGGCUUUGGCCGUACUGGGGCUGGGCCUGACCGUGUUCCUCCCUGCCGCCGAGAUAAGCAUCGUAAGCACAUCUUUGAUCACUGUCUCGGAAGAUCUCAAUGGCUUUGAUCAGAGCAGCUGGAUCAUCACAGCCUAUCUAUCAGCCUUCACUGGCUUCAUACUAUUAUGGUCAAAAAUUAGCACCUUUUUCGGGCUCAAGCCUGCCCUCAUUGCCUCUGUGCUGCUGUUCAUGGCGUUCUCAGCUGGCUGUGGCGCUGCAAAAUCCGUAGAACAGCUUAUCAUUAUGCGUGCAUUCCAAGGAAUCACAGGCGCCGGAGCAUAUUCUCUGCCCAGUAUCGCAUUUUUCCAGCUUGUGCCUCCGACGCAGUACAACAUAAUCAACGCUGUCUCCUCGAGCACAAUGGCCAUCGCACUCAUCAUCAGUCCAAUCAUCGGCGGCAGCAUAAGCCAACAUGACGCAUGGCGUUGGAUAUUCUAUCUAAAUCUUCCGGCUGGUGGCGUGGCUGCGAUGCUGCUUGCCUUCGUCCUGCCCGCUCGGUUCCCUGCUCACUGUGAACCACCACUCGAAAAGCACGAACGGAGUUGGCGUUCAACCAGAUCAUUCUUCGAGAAGGCUGACCUUCUAGGAGCUUCACUGCUUCUAGCUGCCGUCAUCUUUCUCGUUGCCGCACUCGAGGAAGGAAACGUGCGGUUUCCGUGGAACUCGGCGAUUAUAAGUUCAUUCCUAGCUGUGUCGGGGUUCCUGUGGAUUAUGUUUUUGCUGUGGAACUGGUAUGCCGCCCGAGAGAAAGUCACGGUUGAACCUACAAUUCCACAUCGCUUUCUGAUCAACAGGUGCUUGAUGUCGGCCAUCUUUGGCUGCAUCGUGGGCGGAGCGCCCAUGACAAUAGCGGCCAUCGAGCUCCCACAGCGGUUCCAGCUGGUCAACGAGAGCUCGCCCUUAGAUGCUGGCGUCCGCCUCUUGGCCUUUGCCGUCGCCACACCCGUGGGCAUCGUUGUCGCUUCGGUCCUGACAGGGCGUCUGCGCAUACCUUUUGUCUACACGCUCACCUUCGGGGCCUGCCUGCAGAUCACUGGGUUCACCCUCAUAUCCACGGUCCCGACGACGGUCAAUCUGUGGAAUGGAAUGUAUGGGUUUUGUGUGCUGGCGGGUAUGGGUGCCGGUGUGACAGCUGGGACGUUUUACGUCCUAACGCCUAUCUCUUGCGAGAAAGAAGACCAACCUCUGGCUGUUGGCCUGGCUCUCCAGGCCCGGAUGCUAGGCGGCGCUGUCGGCAUCGCCGUGGUAAACAGCGUGUGGGUCAACUACGUGCGAUCGCACCUUGCCUCGGCCAUGUCGACCGCGGAGAUUGACGAGCUACUAUCGUCCAUCGGGAGCUUAGCCCAGUAUCCUCAGGACCUCCAAACGUUUAUCCGCGGUGUCUGCGGCGAAGCCUACAACCUGCAGAUGCGCGCCACUCUGGGAUUCUCUGCUGCACAGUUCCUAGCCAUCGCCGCCCUGUGGAGAAAGAAGCCCUUUCGCCUUAGCGAACAGGGUACACUAGAGUAAAAAGAGAAAGGCAGAGUGAUUGAAACACCUGAAAAAUGGAAAUUAAAAGCUACGCAGGCCUGAUUCGAACAGGUACUGAGAUAUGAUAUUGACUGUUCACCAAAGCAACGAUAUUAGAUUUUAAAUUUGAAUAUUGGAACCGUCGAAACCCUCGAACCAAUCUUCUUCGACUCGAAAAAAUGAUAUUACGAAUAA